GGGAUAGUAGAGGUGGCACAAUGCUACGCAAGAGUGCCACAGAGAGUUUUGGCGCGGCCAUCUCCAGCCUCAACGCAGUUCACCUGACAGAUACUGUGAUCCACAGGAGUAAGAGGAUGAUGCUGGACACGUUGGGAGUGGGGCUCUUGGGGACCAGUACAGCGGUCUUCAGCAAGGCUCUCCAGUACAGCCAGUUCUUCAAAUCAGUGGAGAGGAGCAGUGUGUGGGGAGGAUCAGGGAUGACACUGCCACCCCAGUAUGCUGCCUUCGUCAAUGGCAUAGCGGUGCACUCUAUGGACUUUGAUGAUACGUGGCACCCUGCAACCCACCCCUCUGGGGCGGUGCUCCCUGCCCUCCUGGCCCUGGCAGAGACCCUGCCCACCCAGCCAUCUGGCCUGGACCUGCUGCUGGCAUUCAACGCAGGCAUCGAGGUGCAGGGGCGACUCAUGAGGUUCUCCAAGGAGGCCCACAAUAUACCUAGAAGGUUCCACCCUCCUGCUGUUGUGGGAGUGAUGGGCAGUGCAGCAGCUUCAGCUAAGCUCCUAGCCCUCUCCCCAGCCCAGUGUGUCCACUCUCUGGCUAUCGCUGCCUCCUCCGCGGGAGCCCCCAUGGCCAAUGCAGCUACCCAGACCAAACCCCUCCACACUGGCAAUGCCGCCCGCAGAGGCCUGGAGGCCGCCAAGCUCGCCCUGCUGGGGCUGGAGGGAAGUCAGGCCAUCCUGGAUCUCGAGUCCGGCUUCGGGGUCUUCUACUCAGACUAUAGUCCCUCGGAGUUCCCUGGGACUAAUGUUGGUUGUGGUGGUGGGUUUCGAUGGGUUUUGGAGGAGCAGGAUGUGGCCAUCAAGCGCUUCCCGGCCCACCUGGGAAUGCACUGGGUGGUGGAUGCCGCCUUGGCGGCCCGGGCUAAGCUUGGAGCCUCCGGAGAACCUGACCUCUGUAAGGUCCAGAAGGUGGUGCUCCGAGUGCCUCCCUCCAGGUACAUUGACUGCCCCUUCCCAGCCAUGGAGCACCAGGCCAGGCAUUCAUUUCAGUUCAAUGCCUGCUCAGCCCUACUGGACAACCAGGUGUCCGUGAACUCCUUCAGCGGGCCUCAGAUAGACAGGCCGGCCUUGAGGGAGCUCCUGGCCAAGGUCAGAGUCGAGAACCCCCAAGACAACCACCCCAGCUUCGACAAGAUGUACUGCGAGGUGACAGUAGAGAUGGAGCAUGGGGAGAGUGUCACAGCCAGGUGUAAUACCUUCUACGGCCACUGGAGGAAACCAUUGAGUCAGGAGGACUUAGUUGGGAAAUUCGAGGCGAACGCCUCCACUGUGCUUAGCCAAGAAGCUGUGGAGAGGGUUGCGGACGUUAUAGGGAAUAUAGAGAAGUGCCCGGACUGUACGGUGCUGAGAUCAUAUCUGCAGAUGAGCAGGCCGACAACCCAUCUCUUCAGAGAACACCUUGGCUAACCAAAAUCCCAGCACUCUCUCAGACCCCAUUUGCAUUAUCCCUCGUCGAACAGCCGUGACAGGAUUACAUUCCAAACACAGGCCUUGAAUUUUUUGCAAUUACACCUGGUAUUAAAAUGCAUGCACACUGGCUGCAUUGUGUCUGCAUUGUGUUCAGAUCUCACUUUUUCCUCCCAUUUAUGCAACUUAGUUCGUAGUCACAAUUCAAGUAGUAGGCCUGAAUGAAAUAUAGCCAAAACAUCACAUGAUAUUGUGGUGCUUUCAUAGUUUUUUCAGAGGCCCAUUUUAUAAUGCUUGGCAUGACUGUAUUUGUACAGCAGACCAUCGGAUACAGUAUAUUCAAAUUUUGUUGCGUUACAAAGUAGGAUAUAAUUGUCCUUUUUUUGUCACUGAUCUACACAAAAUAACUCAAUGUCAAAGUGAAAAGAAAAUUGUAUACAUUUGUACAAAUUAAUAAAAUAAAUCAUAAAAAUGUCUUUGUCAUGGAAAGCCUAAAUAAAUUCAGUAGCUAUGAUUUGCUUAACAAAUCAAAUAACAACUGCAAUGCAGUGCUUGACUUGGGCAGGAGCUCACUGGAGCUGAGUUACAGCACCUCAAAUUUUCUACUGCUGGAGCUCCUGUUCCUCUUAUAGAAUAUUAGCACAAAAGUAUUGUGGAGCUUUUAUUUUAAAGGAUUUUCUUUUGUAAUUAAUACAAAACAAAAGCACACAAAAAAACAAAAAAAAACACUGCCAGACAUAUGAAAUUAAGUAUUACUUAAGCAAGAAAUGGGACAAGAUUAGAGCAACAAUUACAGUUACAACAACAAUAAGCGUUAUGGGUCAGUGUUCGCAGUCAGUCUCUGUCCAGACAGUCCAGAAACGGACUCCAAAUCUUGAGAAAUCUGCUGGAGGAGUUAGUCCUGAAAAAACAAAUAUUUUUCUAGUUAAUGGUGUUAGUCAUUUAUGCUAGCUAUCUACAGAAGCAAGGGGGAGUGGGUGACUUCCAUUCUGUGAGGAUAAUAUUUUUUGCAGCCACCAUUCCAAACAUCAGAGUCUGUUGUUCCUCAUAUGUUGAUCUUAGAACAGACUAUGUGCAGCCAAAGAGAGCUGCAUCAGGUUCAAUGGCCCUCUCAUAUACCUUUGAAUACCAAUCAAAUAUGUUCUUCCAAAAAUGAUUAAGUAGGGGGCAGAACCAAAAAGGAUGAGUUAAAUAACCUUAUGAGGCUUUACAUUUGUUGCACAGUGGGGAGACCUGGGGGUAAAUUCUAUGUAAUUUGGUUUUGGAGUAAUGAAGUCUAUGCAUGACUUUGUAUAGCAUCAAUUGAUAUCUGGCAUUGAUGGAACAGGAGUAAAUUCUAGACAGGGCUUCUCCCCAUAGAACAUCUGAGAUCUCAAUAGACAGGACUUCUCCUCAUAGUUCAUCUGAGAUCUCAAUAUUUAACUCUUUACCCCAGGUCUCUUUGAGAACAGGAGUGAAUUCUAGCCGGGGCUUCUCCCCAUAGAACAUCUGAGAUCUCAAUAGACAGGGCUUCUCCCCAUAGAUCAUCUGAGAUCUCAAUAGACAGGACUUCUCCCCAUAGAUCAUCUGAGAUCUCAAUAGACAGGACUUCUCCCCAUAGAUCAUCUGAGAUCUCAAUAUUUAACUCUUUACCCCAGGUCUCUUUGAGAACAGGAGUGAAUUCUAGCCGGGGCUUCUCCCCAUAGAACAUCUGAGAUCUCAAUAGACAGGACUUCUCCCCAUAGAUCAUCUGAGAUCUCAAUAUCUGUGUAGUUGGAGAAAAAGGAGACAAACUGUGAGAUAGUGCUUUGAGUUGGAAGGGCACUGUAGCAAUUCAUAAAAACAAAUGUUGUACAUGGAUGGUGUCAACAUUUUACAUUUUCCCUUAUAUAUAGUGUCUGACUUGUAGAUAACGGAAAAAAAUGUGAAUGGGAGAGUUUGAAUUUAUUAUUUAAUUGGAUGAAUGAUUUUAAUUGUCUAAUCUAUGUAUAAGUCUUCAGUUGUGGCCAGUCCCUUCUUCCUAAAUUCAACAAACACCUUAUCAGACCGAGAUGGAACAAAAUAAUGAUUAAACCAUAUCGGUUUGGUCAGCAUGUUAGGCAUAAUAUUUAGCUAAUAAAUGAUUUGGUUGAUAUGCAUAAGCUUCUAACUUUAAGGCUACACAUCUACUGUUCUCUUGCAAAAUUACGCACCUGGCCCUCUGCGGCCUCCCAGCCAUUCCUCUUAGCUCUCUAGGAGGCCCAAAGCUAGACACUUAUUUCGUUUUUAUACUAAUAUCCAACAGCCUAUUCGAGGAGAGAUGCUUGCUCUUGUUUGUUGAAUGUAGGCCUAAAAUACAGCAGCCAAAAGAACUGGCAAGGAGUUUGAAAGGACAGAGAGCGAGCGUGCAAUGGUGUGAUCACAUUGGCUGAUGAUGAUAGCAUGAUAACAAAACCUAGGCUAUAGAUCAUGUACGCUCUGAUUAAGAAACAGCAAUAGGACUACAAUGUAACAACAUUGCUAAAUAUAUUUCAAAAGCACUGGUCCUCUUACAUUUUCAUUCCAUGUUGCAAUAUUUAAUGGAAUAUCUAAUACAGUCUGCUCUGCCCUUACUCUCUUUCAUUUUACAUUCAACAGGUGGAACACUGAGGCAGUUUGAAUAAUGUGGGAAUAUUUUUAAGUGGAGUGUUGUAGAGGAAAUGAAUAUUCAUUACAUACUAUGUUUAAUUAGACAUACUAUGCUGUUUUUUACUUAAAAAUUGUCCAUUGUUAAAAGCAAGUAUUUAUUUACUGACACAAACGGAUCUUGUGUGACUUAGUCAUAAAUCUGAGCGUACAGAUGUAUGAGCCACUUGGGUGUGACCGCAGUAUGUGACCUUCUGUGUUUACAAUCGACAGGAAUUUAGCUAUGUGUGAAUUGCCGGGAGGAACAGAGAAUGGAGAUAUCAGCUAUCUUGAUCUGCACAGCUAAAUUACUUUUUACAACUCUGUUUCCCGGCCCUGAUUCUGCACAUCUGCUAACUGUCACAUAGAUAAGAGGAUUUACUUUCUAUGAAAGGAAAGAGACAACUGUGUUCGUUGGGCUUUUCAACUCGGAACUAUAUGAGUGAUUGUUGAAAUUGUUCAAUUUCUGAAAAUCUUAUAAUGAAGUUGUUGUUUGAAAGAAUCUGCAGUCUCUUUUCCUAUAGAAUUUAUACCACAGUGGAUAGGCUGAACUGAUUGCAUUUACACUGAACUAAGAUAGGAAUAAAAUUCAAGCUAAUCCACCUAGGUGUUCAGGUCAAUCUGCUUACAUUCCGAACUCAAUGCGCAUUGUGCGCAUUUAGACCUGAGAUUAACGUGUGUUUCUUGUUAUGCGAAUACAAAUGUGCAUACAGUUCACAAUUUUAAUGCAAGGAAA